AUGUCGGCGGCAACAACAAAGGCGGCACUGGACGCGCUCCUUGUAGACGGUGGCGAUGUGUCGAAUGUGACAGUAUAUGGACAGCUAUCUCGGAAGAGAUUGCUUUCGCGUGGACUUAUCUUCGGCGACUUGCUCUUGGCCGACAACACGCUCUUGAACUUUAUGGUGCGGUCGGCGGAAGGUUGGUUGACCAAGGAACAAGUCGUGGCACUCAAGUUCGCCAUGCAUCUUGGAGACUUGUUGACGGCGCGAGGGCGGCUAGAGCGGACGGCGGGAUCCAACCAGCUCAUGUUCGUUCUGUUUGAGUGUUCUGUGACAGUUAGCUGGGAAAGUGUCCAUCCAGGAAUCGCAUAUUCAAGCGACCAGUCCACGUUCUACACGAGCGCCGACAGCGGCUCAUCCCAGACGAAUAUGGUGACAUUGCAAGGAAGGAAUGCAUGUAAGCACCACUUUAACAAUGCCAGUUGCGUGCGCGGGGCCGAGUGCCAGUUUUUUCACGGACACCCUGACGAGUACAACGACUUGCGCAAGGAAUGGCUGGCCAAGCGCUUGCAACUCAAGCAAAAAGUAUCUGCGAUACAGGGCGACACCCACGACCCAGCGGAAAAGAAGCUCAAGCGCGCUCGAGCGCACGUCUUUUGUGAUUGGAUCGUUGCUACAUUUGGACAGAAAUGGCUCCAGCAACGCGGCGGUGGCACCGUGUUGGACGUGGCAGGCGGGCGGGGUGACCUUUCAUUUGAGCUCUGGGCCAAUCACAACAUUCCGUGCACGUUGGUGGAGCCGCGACUGCGCAAGCCGCGCAAACAACACUUGAAAGCGCUGGCGGCCGACCCCGGUCUCACGUUGCCUCGUCAAAUCCAAGCUUGUUUGGAUACAACGACCAUGGUUACCCACAGCAGUACCUUUGACUUAGCGACGUUGGUUGUUGGGAUGCAUCCAGAUGAAGCCACCGAGGUGAUUGUGGACAUGGCCCUUCGCCUGCAAAAGCCGUUUGCAGUCGUGCCGUGCUGUGUGAUGAGUCGGCUGUUUCCUACGAGGCGUUUCGAACACCAAGUGGUCGCCACGUACGAUGUGUUUGUCCAGUACCUCCGUAGCAAACACCCGAACAUGCAAACCACGUUUUUGCCGUUUGGCGGGAAAAACCAAGUGCUGUACAUGCUGCCUUGCCACUACGAAAGUCCUCCGCCAAAGAUAUAA